UACGUGUACUUUGCUAGGGUGGUGGAACGUGACGGGCUCAAGGCUCACACUCGUGGUUGUCGCUGCAAGCGGCUGAUUCUAUGUGACACAGAUUUCGUAGUUACGUUACCGUUCGGAUAUGUUGCAGAGCGAUGGGGAGUGAAAGCCGUGCUGUGGUGCAAUUUAGUCCCAAGAGUUGGCAUGAGCGUAUGGGCUGUUGCAGUUGGCCAUUCUGAUCACAUUCUCCCCACCAAGGCGAUCAUUGCCGGGCCAGUUUUGGCUGUGUUGGGGGGCGAGUGCGUGCUGCAAAGUACGGUUUUCACCCUAACUUCGGCCAUGGCCAAUGAUUACGUUGAUCGAGCAAAGUUCUUCUCGUACAUCAGCUCGACAUCCUACGUCGUCUCGUUUCUGGGACCAACGCUGGCCUCGUUCGCAAUGAGCAGGAACCUGUGGGCGCCGUUUUGCUUGAAUAUCUUGCUACUCGGUUUGGCAGUUCCGGUGAUCAAGUUGCUCCCUGGCAAUGGACUUGUGCCAAUAAAAUCUAUCAUGUCCGUCGAUUCCAAUGACACUGCAGGCGAAGUUGGUCCACUACUUCGUCAAAGCGAAGAUGGUCCUGAUCACUACUCGAGUGCCUUCGAGACUCACCCUAGCAUACUUCAGCGUAUCGUCUCUACAAUUCGACAAUUGAUCGCUCUUGUCGAUGGCCGGCCAAACUUUCAGAUUAUGCUCUGCUCGUUCUUUCUCACAGCACUCGCAAGCUCUGAUACGAAACUACUUGUUCAGUAUAUCUCGAAGCGAUACAGUUGGACUUUUGCCCAAGCAGGCUACAUGCUCUCAGCGAAGGCUAUUGUCAAUUUCACAUUGCUCGCGAUCGUAGUCCCACGAGUUGUCAAGUCUUCAGCGUCGUGGAAGGCGGUACAUGGGUCAGAAGUGCGGAUGAACUACGCAGGCGCGCAAAUCAGCAUUCUGAUAUCAGUGGUUGGCGUGCUCUGCGUUGCGCUUGCGUUCAAGUUCUGGAUGUUGCUUGCAGCGUUGAUGAUAUACGCGCUCGGCUCGGCGCUGCCAGUCUUCACGAUGUCGCUUGUAAAAUCGCCGCUGAUAGCGCUGACACACAGUGAUAUUCAAGACUUCAGUAUCGUCAUGUUGACCAAAACGCUUGGCUCGCUCGUCGGUGCGCCAUUUAUGACGGUGCUUUGGGUGCGUGCGAUUGAGAUUGGGGGUGUUGGCUUGGGAUUGCCGUACUUUGUUUCUGGAUGCAUCUAUCUUACGGCCGCACUAGUUGUAGCAAGAUUGAAGAUCUGAGAGCAUGUUGAGCACAAAGAGGAUGCCGGAGAUGAUGGAGACGAUGGAGAGCUCCCCUGCACAAUUCAGCACAUUAGCUAAAGGCAGGUGCAUAGAAUGCGUAGCUCUUAA